AUGGAGUACAUAGGAAGCAAUAUAACAUACAACAAAGACAUAUACAGUGAGUUUAAGUACUACUGUGAACAGCAUGAGAUUGAAGUAAUGAGUAAAGGAGACUUUGAAACGCUUAUGAAAGACAGUAAGGAGGUCGUUCAUGAGAACGGUGUUGAAAUAGUUCAUGAGAACAGUGAGGAGGUCAUACAUGAAUGCAAUGAUGAAAUAGUUCACGAUGUCGUUCGUGAAGAAGCCAUUGCAACAAAGAAUGAUAUAAAGGAUUUCAUAGAACUUAACAAGGAGGAGUUUAAAGAAGGCUAUGAAGUGAAAAGAUGUGAAGAAGAUUUCUUGGCGUAUUUGAAGAAAAAGAGACUAAAGCCAAUAGCUCAAAAUAAGUUUCAAUCGAUGUUUGAAAAGAAACGUUUGAGCUAUGGUGGUGUAAGAAGCACAUAUUACUUUGUUAAGAAGUGA